UCUCACACCAACACCUGCCCCAACCAUGACUGCCGACGCCGCUCCGCCGCUCGUCGACUCGCUCGCCGCCAACGGCGCCGCCGCAUCUGCGUCCAACGGCGAUGCCUACGUCUACUCGCAGGACGUGCACGUUGCCGGCUACGAGCCCCUCAUUGCGCCCGCGCUGCUGCUGCACGAGACGCCGCUCAGCGAGGCCGGGCGGCGCACCGUGGCGCGCGGCCGCGGCGAGGCCAGCGCCGUGAUUGCGGGCCGCGACGACCGCCUCGUCGUCGUUGUCGGCCCCUGCAGCAUCCACAACCCCGAGGAGGCCAUCGAGUACGGCGAGCGCCUCGUCAAGGAGAUGCCCAAGUGGCCCGGCCUGGUCGUCAUCAUGCGCGCGUACUUCGAGAAGCCGCGCACCACCGUCGGCUGGAAGGGCCUCAUCAACGACCCCGACAUCAACGGCAGCUUCCAGAUCAACCGCGGCCUGAAGAUCGCUCGCGAGCUGCUCAUCAACCUGACGUCGCUCGGCCUGCCGCUGGCGUGCGAGGUGCUCGACACGAUCUCGCCGCAGUACACGUCCGACCUGUACUCGUGGGGCGCCAUUGGCGCACGCACGACGGAGAGCCAGCUGCACCGCGAGCUGGUGUCUGGUCUCUCGAUGCCGAUCGGCUUCAAGAACGGCACGGACGGCUCGCUGCGCGUCGCGCUCGAUGCGAUCCGCGCUUCGGCACAGCCGCACGCCUUCAUGGGUGUGACGUCGCAGGGUCUGGCGGCCAUUGUGCGCACGACGGGCAAUGCCGACCUGCACAUUGUGCACCGCGGCGGCGGCGGCAAGACGAACUACGACGCCGAGAGCGUGCAGGCCAGCGCAGCGACGAUGCAGAAGGAGGGCCGCACGCCGUCGAUCAUGGUCGACUGCAGCCAUGGCAACAGCCAGAAGGACUACCGGAAGCAGUCGCUCGGUGUCGCCGCUGUCUGCGAGCAGCUCGCGGCCGGCGAGCGCGCCAUCACGGGUGUCAUGCUCGAGUCGAAUCUGGAGGCGGGCGCGCAGAGCAUGCCGGCCGGCGGCACCCUCGCCGACCUCAAGAAGGGCGUCUCGCUCACCGAUGCGUGCGUCGGGUGGGAGGAGACGGUCAAGCUGCUGGGCGACCUCAACGAGGCGGUGCUGAAGCGGAGAGGGACCAAGGCAUGAAGCGACGUAGGGUCAAAUAGAUGCUUGAAGGGG